AUGCUUCGACCGGAUGAUGCAAUGCUUCGGUACCCACAAAUCGCACAGGAUCUGGAGAUUGAGCGAAAUAUUGAUGAAGUACUGCAGGCUCAUGAGAUUUUUUCCAACGUGUCUAAAGGACAGUUGGCUACGAAGUCAGAUCUUUUUCGAGAUUUCGACACAGAAGAUAUUGAUUCUAUCAUACUUCAGAUCCUAAGUGAUGGCGAGAUGCAAAUUACUGUGAAAGAACGAAAGGUUGAAAACGAAAAUCUGUUUAGAGAUGUUGCUAAAAUCAUUUCUGAAAGGUGUUUUAAUCCCGAGAACUCUCGGGCCUACACGGUUACAAUGAUAGAGAAAAUGAUGAAGGAUUGUCACGUGAAUCUUCAACCGAAGAAAACUGCGAAACAACAAGCUCUCGAAGUCAUGCGACAGCUCAGAGCCUCGGGGAAUUUUAAGAUUGCGCCCGCUAUGAUGGAAAUUCUGAUAUCUCUUGAUCCGAAGCUUGUGGAUGCUGUUUCUCCACGUAUCCUUAAGCUUGUUCAUCAUAUUAUACGUCAAGAGCGUAAUGCGGAAGGAAUAUUUGAGCUGUCGGCAGUGAUUGAGCCAGAGAACUAUCACAGUCUAACAGUAGCUCUGGAUGAACACGCAAAGGACCGCCAUUGUAUUGAGAUCAUCGGAGUGGCACGUCCUCUCGCUGGUUCAAGAAAGUCAGUGCCAUCAUCUUCGUCUACACUGAUCUCCGGUACAGCGCCAAUCUCUGAGGAGCCAUCUGAAAGUUCACCCACUCCUGCACUCGAAGACACAUCUCAACACUGCAAUUCCGUCGAGGUUGCUGGUAACAAUGAUGAUCAGUGCGGAGUGAACUUUAAAAAAAUCAAUCAAACCAAGAAGAAAAGACGGCGAAGAAGUCGGAAGGUCUAUGAUGAUGAUGAUAAUAAUAAUGCCACGGAUGAUGGAAUAGACAGAAGGAGGGAAGCUGAAACCUAG